AUGUCUGCACGACAUACUAAAGACUUUGACUGGGAUACAUUAAGAGGAAACCAAAAUGAAUCUCAUUAUCUUGGAGGAACAACUAAAUGUCAUCAAUCUUGGUUUCAAAAAUAUCUUGACAAAGAACAAGAAAGACUAAUCAAUAAACAACACACAGAAAAAGAAGAACAAAAGGCAUUAUACUAUACCUUAUAUCAAAAACCAUUUUUAAAUAAAGAAAAAGAAAUUAAUUUAAAGAGUGAGUGUAUCCAAACACUUCCUUCAUCUAAAGAAAUGAAAGAUUUUCUAAAGUUAAAUGAAAAAGAAAAACUCGAAAAGAAACCAAAGAAAGAAAACUCAAAAAAUCUAGAAAAUAGGAAAAAAGAUGGAGUUGUAUCAAAGAAAUUACAUUUUAAAAAAUGA